AUGGACAACGACAUCCACAUACGCCGCGCGGUCAGGCUUUCGCCCGGAGCAAACGAACCACCCCCUCACGCGGCAGGACAGCGAGACGAAGACCGAAACGCUGCCGACCCGCAGUCCGCAGACACACCACAUGUGCAGAAGUGGCGCCACCGCCGAGUCGCACUAUUACUGACGACCAAGCUCAUCAAGAAGAGCUUCGCGGGGGCCGCCAACCGCCACCGAGAGGCAGCUUCGACGGACGCCAACACGGGGGUCCAAGGCCGAGCCAUCAGCCACAGCAGCACGAGCUCCCCGGUCCAGCCGCCCUCGCAGCCACAGUGGCCACCACGCCACCCAGAACACACUCGCAGGGCCGCCGCCCCGCCAUCCAGCACCGCUCACACCCUUGCAGCCUUGUCGGUGAAGACCGGGAAGGAGUGCACCACCUCAGCCCCGGCAUCCACAGGCCAAGCCAGCGCGACCUGGGGCAAUCCCGUGCAGGCCCGCAAGAGCCCAUCUGGGCCCAUGCGCGCGCAGCCAUGCCCCGCUUCGCCCGCUCCGCUGCACCACCGCCGCGCCCGACCGCGCGCCACCACGACCGCUCGCGGCGCGGCCAGCCCCGGCGCCGUCGCCUCGUGCCGCGCCCGACGAGUGGUACGCUGGGUCAUCACACCUGCGCACAUCUGCGGCGGCUUUCGGCCCUGUCCUUCGUCCACCAUGACGGAGACCGACCAGCUCCAGCUUGUGCAUCACGCCGCAACACUCAUCAUUUGCGUACAAGCCUGGAUCCCGAUGGUGCACAAGAGAGCAGUUAGGCAUGCUGCUUUUCCUCGUGUGAUUUACGGACCUAUGAUACAACGAGAUAAGGAGAGGAUUGCCAACCUAAACAACAUCUACAACUGCAACGACGUAGAGGCCAUCCAGAUGCUAUGGAUGAGAAGAGCCCCUUUCUAUGCACUUGUGAAAACGUUCAGGGAAAGAGGACUGCUGACUGAUAGCAUCCACACCUCUAUCGAAGAACAAGUCGCAAUGUUUCUUCAUGUCGUCGGUCAUAACCAGAGGUUUAGAGUCAUCCAUAACACAUUCAGGCGAUCCACGGAGACUAUCUCUAGGUACUUCCAGCAGGAUUGCAUUGGGGCUAUUGAUGGUACUCAUGUCACUGCAAAGGUACCGGGAUCAAUGUCUGCAGCAUUCCGCGUGAGGAAGCACUACACCAGCCAGAACGUUCUUGCAGCUGUGGAUUUCGAUAUGAGGUUCACCUACGUGCUUGCUGGGUGGGAGGUUUCAGCUCAUGAUGCCAGCAUCAUGGCCGACAGUCUUUCAAGGCCUGAUGGGUUGCAAAUCCCUGACGGUAAGUUCUACCUUGGAGAUGCUGGAUAUGCAUGCCGACCUGGAAUUCUACCUCCCUUCAGGAAAACAAGGUACCACCUCAACGAGUUCUCUACGAAGCACCGACCUCUGAAUGCGAGAGAGUUGUUCAAUCUCAGACACUCAUGCCUUAGAGUCACCAUUGAGAGGGCCUUUGCUGCACUGAAGAACAGGUUCAAGGUCCUUGACCAGAAACCGUUCCACACGUUUGACACUCAGGUAAAGCUGGUCCUUGCUUGCUGCAUUCUUCACAACUGGAUCCUAGGUUGGAGCGAGGAUGAGUUCUUCGAAGAGGUUGUCAGUUUUGAUGAAGUGGAGACCGGCCAUGGCGUGAAAGCAUGCGACAAUGAUGCCUGGAAGGUGAAGAGGCAAGAGUGGGCAGAUGCAAUGUGGGAAGCUAGAGGCAACACCACCAUCUAA